CGCAGGUUCCUCGAGGUAUGCCUCAUGUUGCCCCAUCGGCGAUUGAGAGCGAUCUGGUCGUGAGGAUGCUGGCUCUUAAUCCUGGCAUGGUGAGGGCGAGGGAGAGCCGAGUGUAUGAGCCAAACAAUCAGCACACCUUGCAAGGAACGAACUGUUAUCUAGUCGGCAACGGCGCAAGGCGAAUCCUGAUCGAUACAGGCGAGGGGAAAGCUGGGUUUGUCCCCCAUCUCCUGGAUGUGAUGCGACAAGCAGGAUGCGAGAUGCUGGACGCUAUUUUGUUGACGCAUUGGCACGCUGAUCACGUGGGAGGCGUAAACGACAUCCGCAAGGCGCUUGGUGGGAACAUUCCCGUCUUCAAGAAGUACGACCCAACCGUGCAAGAUUUCGACUACUCAGGCAUCGAGGAUGGUCAACUGUUUCGAACAACCGGAGCCACCCUUGAAGCGGUGUCCACCCCGGGACACACCGUCGAUCACGUCGCGUUUGUUCUUCGCGAAGAAAAGGCCCUGUUUACCGGGGACAUGAUACUCGGGUGUGGUACGGCUAUUUUCGACGACUUCGCCUCUUACAUGGAUUCGCUGCGGCGAGUCCGCGACAUGAGCCCGAAAUACGAAGGAGGCUUCACCAGGCUAUACUGUGGGCAUGGUCCCGUAGUGGAAGCUGCACAAGAGAAGAUAGAGUACUACAUCAAACACAGACAAGAAAGAGAAGCCCAGAUCAUGAAUGCCUUAACCGCAGCAAAAGGGCGGACUCUCAGCGCUUUCCAGAUUACCGUUCGGGUGUACGGCGUUCUGCCGCUCCCGAUCUUUGUCUCGGCGCACUACAACGUUUUGCACCACCUGUCGAAGCUCACAAGGGAAGGGAGAGCAGUUCUGGGCUGGGUGCCGUGCUCAUUUUACCUUGGACCCGAGCGCGGGCUAAACGUCGGAUGCACAGAUUGAGCACCAACAACAGCAGUUGCAAGGGUGCCCGUCCGGGAGCGUCCCUAUGCUCUCUUCAUGGCCGGUGCUGGAGAGGAACGCGCCCCGCUGGUGGCUUCCCCAUUGCCUUGUGCACAUCUUUGUUGGUCGCAUUCACAGUCGUUGGUGGCUGCCUUCCCCCGAUAGCUCCACUGACUGACAUGCGCGCAAGAUCUCUCCCGUGAUUUCCAUGAAGAGCUUCGACAGAUAUCGCGCGCCGCUCGAGGGCAAGAGGGAGCCCGUCUAACUCAUCACAAGAAACCCGAGCAUUGGCGAAACUGGCGUCAUUUCUGGAUACGAGAGCGGUUUGGUAACGGUUCGCGGGGUGCUUGGCACACUGACAAGAAACGUUUUUUAGGCAGCAUAAGCAUGUGAAGCCGCUGCCGCCCCGAAAGCAACCAUUGAUGCUUGCAUCAAAGGAGGCUGGUGUGGGGACGACUCAUGCUUUGGUGCACAACGAGUAAAUCAAAAAUCCACUUCAAUAGAGUCCGGGGCUUUUACUUCUCUCAGCUACGAGAUGAAUUUGCGGCAUGAGCAAGGGUACACGUGUAUAAAAAUUCAAGGCAAAUAUACCUACUUGUUGAAAAGCGGGGUUAUUUGGGGGGUGUACUCAAUACUCGUAGUCGUGCAUG